GUAUAAACUGUGUUGGUCUUUUUAUAACUAAGUGUGAGUGUGUGGUGCUAAACUUGGGUAUACAGUAAACUUCCCCUACUGUUAUUCGCCUCACAGCAACAGCAUUAAAAAAAACAAAAAAAAACAAAUAAAGGAACUCGACUAAACACGCAACAUCGACUUGAGUGACGCUCAGAGAGAACGUUCUGUUGAGUUCGUAGGUAUCAGGACAGGAUUUUACAUUAAUCAAAGUGAAGACUUUCAGCCUAAGCUCAAGACGUUUAACUAUGUUCAAAAGUAAUUGGACAGCUGACUGCCACCACGUCUUCCUCCGAUACUCAAAACUGCCGUUUUGUUUUUUCGAAGUCAGCCCUGGAUUUAAAGCGUGACGUCUCUUCUGUGUGAAACGCAUUACGUUUCCUGUCUCUGAAGACAUUUCCUGUAAAUUCAAUUCCUUUUAAAAGAAAUCGAAAUGCUUUCCUGUUUAAAUGUUCAGACACACGGAUUAACAAACACAGGGCGUGAAUGACCGGUGUAGAAUAAGAUGUCUACCUCAAACCACACACCAGUCAGCAGCACUCCGCUGGACCACACGGACAACGUGGAGAGGGGUUACGACGGCGUCCACCACAGAGCCAGAGACUACAGGAAGCUGGCAAUCUGCAGCAUCGUAUGUGGCCUGUCCUGCGUCGGAAUCAUGUCUCUCAUCUACUCGGUCAAGACUCGAGAGCUCAACAAGAGAUCCAGGAGUGAGAAAGCCGAGGAGUAUUCGAGAAAAACAUUAUACUGGGCAAUCGGAUCGUUCUUCGCAUUGUUGGUUUUUAUAGCGCUCAUCGUACUGCUCCUGGGACUGCUGUCUUACAUUCUGACGUUUAUAAACUGAGACACGGAGCAUUAAAAAGGCCAGAUGAAGGCGCAACAUUUGAGCUUCAUGAAAAACUGACAUUCAUAAAAACGUACUGAAUCCACCAAGCUAAGACCACGUGAUGUGAUAUAAACCCCUGAAACACUCAAGAGACCCGAAAAAUGGUACCGAGUGAAAAGAAAAAAGAGCAAUAAAGCUCAUAAAGUCCAAGAAGACGGGAAGAUGAACACAAAGCUUCCACCAGGCCCGGUUCUUCUUCUUCUCAGUCGUUUGUGUGCCUGAAACAUCAACACCCAGAAAGAUAAAACUAUUUUGGACAUUUUUUUCCCCCUCCCUUUGGUGCUGUUCGAUCAGCUGGUUAAAAUGAUCAUCCCUUACCCAUCCUGCAAGUGUCCGACCUGAGAGAAUCUCAGAUGCACACACGGGGUUUGGACACACACACACACACACCCUUAUCAAGAGCGACUCACGUUCAUCUUAUUAUACAUUACUGACUGUGCAGUUAAGUUUUAAGGGCCUUGAUUAAGGUCUCAGCAUUGCUGGUGCCGGGGUUUGAACCUAUGACCUUCCAGGAUAGUAGUCUUAAAGUCCUCUUCAUCUCUUCAACAACAGCGACUUUAACCAAUUAAAGGAACACAAAACGCAGCCUAGGAAGGCGGCAGAGCUCAAGACGAGACACGAGAACUUGAAAGACUUGAAAGAGGCGUGGAGGAGCGAAGAACAAAUACGCCACACAAAUUGUGUUCGUUUUCAGGCCGGAUUUGCACCUGUGAGACGGAGUCCAUCCCGAUCACACACAGCUCAUUUUGGACCAAAACUACUGAACCAAAACCUGGACGGUUCACACGGACCUAAAGUUUUUUUUAUUUGUUUUUUUUUUCCCCCCACGCUUUAUCACUGUGAUGGAGUUCUAGAGGGUGCGUUAACGUUUCUCACCAGACACACCCAUUAGCAUUAAUCAGUUUCAGAACUUUUAUAGACACUAAUCAUACACUUUACAUGCAUUACAAGAAGUGUGUUUAAUCGCAGAGGGAAUGAGAACUCCAUGUUGGAACAAAAUGUGUUUUAAAACUCUUAUGUUACAAUCUGUUACGAAGUACUCUGGGCACGGUGCUCGUCUCAAGCAGUGUAUUCCUGUACCUUCAGAAAUGUAUUUAAAAUACUAACAAAUAACGUACGAGUCAGAUCACCUGUACCUUCAGGUGCCAGACAGCAUAUUAUUUUUAUUUAUUACACCACAGUCUAGACUUUGAGACGGUCCUGGGUUCAAGAAUCUUCAAACUCCCUCCAAUUAGUACAAGCUUGUGUUACGGUUCUUAUAAAGCGCUGUAUUAUAAACUGUAUUACAACUAUUAUUAUUAUUAUUAUUAUUAUUAUUAUUAUUGUUGUACAUUUUGCAUUUUUCUACAAUGCAUGAGCAUUAAAUAAAAUACUUUCCAAUGGUUUACAA